UCUCGCGGAAAGGCGGGCGGCCCUCGGCGGGCGGAGCGGUGGGGUCAAGGGGCGGUGCUGACUUCCCGCCUAUAGUACCGCCAUGGCGGCCUGCGCCUUUCGCAGGAGCAUCGCCCAUCAGCUCUCCGAAGUUUUGGAUUUGGCACCGGAGAACUUAAUGAAAUCCAUCUCUGCGGUUCCUGUCUCCAGAAAACGGCAUAAUGCUGAUUUCCAGUUUUCCAUUGCUUCCAUAGAAGAAGGCAGUUCUAGUGAUUACAUUGCACAAGAUCUUCAGCUUCGAGCACAGAAGCUAGCUGAGAAGCUGAAAUGUGAUGCUGUAGUGAGUGAAAUCAGCACUGGUCCAGGAACAGUGAACUUCACAAUAAACAGGGAAUUGCUAGCAAAGACUGUUCUGCAGCAGGUGCUGAAAGAUGGCACACGAUAUGGAACAAAAAGUGAACUUUUCUCUACUGUGCCUAAACAAAAGGCAGUGGUUGAGUUCAGCUCCCCUAACAUUGCCAAAAAGUUUCACAUAGGACACUUGCGUUCCACAAUCAUAGGAAAUUUUAUAGCAAAUCUCAAAGUUGCACUGGGACAUGAAGUAACAAGAAUAAAUUACCUUGGUGACUGGGGCAUGCAGUUCGGCUUACUAGGUGUGGGUUUCCAACGGUUUGGCGACAAAGAAAAGCUGAAAUCCAGUCCUUUACAGCACCUUUUUGAGGUGUAUGUGCAGAUUAACAAAGCAGCAGCAGAUGAAAACACAAAAAAGCUGGCCAAGGAUUUCUUUAAAAAGCUGGAGGAACAUGAUGAGCAGGCAUUGUCACUUUGGAAAGAAUUUAGAGACUUCAGUAUUAAGGAAUACACCCGAAUUUAUAAGCGUCUAGGAGUGCACUUUGAUGAGUAUUCUGGAGAAUCGUUUUAUCAAGAGAAAUCCCAGGAAGUUCUAAAGAUGUUGGAGGAUAAAGGGCUCCUUCAGAAAACAACAAAAGGGACCGGAGUUGUGGAUCUUUCAGAAAAGAAAGACCUCUCGUCACUUUCCACGGUCAUUCGUAGUGAUGGGACAUCUCUUUAUAUAACAAGAGACCUCGCUGCUGCCAUAGACCGAAUGAAUAAGUACAACUGGGAUACUAUGAUUUAUGUGACAGAUAGAAACCAAAGUAGUCACUUUCAACACUUGUUCCAAAUACUGAAGCUCAUGGGUUAUGACUGGGUAGGAAGGUGCCAGCACGUGUCUUUUGGGUUAGUCCAAGGGAUGAAGACUCGGAAAGGAGAAGUUGUUUUCCUGGAAGACGUUUUAGAUGAAGUUCGAUCAAGGAUGUUAGAAAACAUGGCUUCUGCAAAAACAACUAAAGAGGUAGAAGACCCUGUGGAAACAGCAGAGAAGGUUGGUCUUGCAGCACUAAUAAUUCAGGACUUCCGAGGCCUCCUCUCAUCUGAUUAUCAAUUCAGCUGGGAUCGAGCUCUUCAAAGUCGUGGAGAUACGGGAGUGUUCUUGCAGUACACCCAUGCCAGACUCCACAGACUAUCAGAGGAAUCCAGUUUGAGUGUUUCCAUCAAUUACAGUGCUCCUUUCAGAGUAUUUUUAACGCAGACGUGGAUAUGUGUCUUCAUAAGAGCAUGUAAGAUAUCUGCCUGGAUUAGACCAAAGUUCCAUACAACCUGGUAUUCCUUCUGAGACAAUGGUAGCCAGAAGUGGUAUUUAGGGAGCCCAGUUCCUUUCUCUAGCCUCUUCCUCCUAUAUUCCCUUAUCACCCAUACUUGUAAUAGAGGUGGUGACUGCCUCCCUAGUACUUUUAGCAUCAGAUUCUCAGCCUGCUCUCCAUCUGUCUCUAAUCCCUUUUUAAACUGGUUUAUACUGAACAUCUAGCACAAACUUUACAUUAUUUUUUAUCUUGAAUUGAAGUUAACUAGGCUUUCUUAAUAUUUCAUUCAGCUUGAGCAAAAUAUACCUACCUUUCUUCUCCAAAAUA